AUGGUCAAGGCCGCCGCCGCCGCGGGCCCUCCGCCGACGGGCCCCGGCAUCUACAGUGCCACGUACAGCGGGAUACCGGUGUACGAGUUUCAGUUCGGAGCCGACCUCAAGGAGCACGUGAUGCGGAGGAGGCACGACGACUGGAUCAAUGCGACGCACAUCCUCAAGGCCGCCGGCUUCGACAAGCCGGCGCGGACGCGAAUCCUCGAGCGAGACGUGCAAAAGGACGUGCACGAGAAGAUCCAGGGCGGCUACGGCAAAUACCAAGGCACCUGGAUUCCCCUGGACACGGGCGAGUCGCUCGCGCAGAGACACAGCAUCUACGAACGGUUACGACCCAUAUUCGAGUUCGUGCCGGGCAACGAGAGCCCGCCGCCGGCGCCGCGGCACGCGACCAAGCCCAAGGCCUUCAAGGCUCGAGCGGCACCAGCCGCUCCCAAGUGGGCAGCCAACAAGGCGAAGCCGCCGCCGGCGGCGGCGCUGAUGCACAGCGCCUCGAUGGCGUCGUCGGGCAUGAUGAUGGCGGAGGAGUACGAGCACGCCGACGCCACCAUGGGCGGCGACGAGGACACGCCCGACAACCUCACGGUCGGCUCGGCGUCGUACAUGGCCGACGAGGACCACUUUGACAUGUCGCACAUGUCGACGGGCCACCGGAAGCGCAAGCGGGAGGAGCAGAUGCAGGACCUGUCGGAGCAGCAGCACGGCGUCUACGGCGACGAGCUCCUCGACUACUUCCUCCUCUCCCGAAACGAGCAGCCGGCGGUCAAGCCGGACCCGCCGGCCAACUUCCAGCCCAACUGGCUCAUCGACGCCGAGAACCACACGGCACUGCACUGGGCGUCGGCCAUGGGCGACAUCGACGUGGUGCGGCAGCUCAAGCGCUUCAACGCCUGCGUCAGCGUGCGGAACAUGCGGGGCGAGACGCCCUUUAUGCGGUCCGUCAACUUCACCAACUGCUACGAGAAGCAGUCGUUUGCGGCCGUCAUGAAGGAGCUGUUCGAGACGGUCGACGUGCGGGACAACGCCGGCUGCACCGUCAUCCACCACGCGGCGGUGAUGAAGAACGGGCGCGUCUUCAGCCCGUCGUGCUCGCGCUACUACCUCGACCACAUCCUCAACAUGGUGCAGGAGACGAUGGACCCGGCGGCCUUUCAGCAGCUGCUAGACGUGCAAGACAACGAGGGCAACACGGCGCUGCACCUGGCGGCGAGCCGGAACGCGCGCAAGUGCAUCCGCUCGCUGCUCGGGCGCAACGCGUCGACGGACAUUGCCAACAACGAGGGCGUGCGGGCCGAGGACCUCAUCAUGGAGCUCAACGCGAGCAAGAAGGAGCGCGGGCCGCAGCGGUCGUCGUCGCCGUUUGCGCCCGAGUCGCAGCGGCACGCCUCCUUCCGGGACGCCUUUGGCGCGUCCAAGGCGUCGUCGACGUCGAGGAGGCCGGCGCCGUCGUUUUCGUCGGCGGCGGCGACGACGGUGCAGUCGCGGAUAUCGCCGCUGAUGAUGGAGAAGUUCCAGGACCUCGCCAAGAGCUACGACGAGGAGUGGCAGGAGAAGGACGUGGCCGAGGGCGAGGCGCGGCGCAUCCUCGGCCACACGCAGGCGGAGCUCAACGUGGCGCGGCAGCAGAUUGCCGAGCUCGAGGCACAGCUCGAGGCCGACGACAGCGCGGCCAACAUGUCGAACGAGGCGAACCUCGCCAAGCACCAGGUGCUGUCGAUCAUAACGCACCAGAACAGGCUGCACGUGCACCGGGCCGUCGACGGCGACCUCGGCCGGCUCAACGGCGAGGCGCAGCAGCAGCAGCAUGACGAGCAGCAGCAGGGGCAGUCGCAGGAGCAGCGGCUGUCGCUCGCGCGCCAGCUCGGCCAGAUGCUCGCCGACCAGCGACUGGCCGAGGCCGAGUACGUCGACGCGCUCAGCAUGGUCGGCGUCGGGGACAAGAUUGAAAAGUACCGCAAGCUGCUCAAGCGAUGCCUCGACCCCAAGGACGGCGAGACGCUCGACACGAACCUCGACAGCCUCAUCGACAUGAUGGAGGAGGAGAGGGACGUGCACGAGAUGCACGAGCCUCGGCCUCCUCCUCCUCCGGCGGCGGCGGCGGCGGCCAACGCGGAGCCGAUGGACCUGACUCUCGGACCGUAG